CAAGGGAGAAAGGGUGGGAGGGGGAGAUUUCCUUGUCCUGUUCCCCGCGCCCGCGCGCUCGCCACCCGUCGCCGCCACGUACGUGUAUCCCGCCCCUUGCCCGCCCGAUUUUGGUGAGCGGCCGCCGUCCCCCUCCCCCUCCCCCUCCCAUCAUCCUCCAUCGUCCGGCCGUUUCGUCUGCCCGCUCCGCCUUGCGUGAAAAUUAAUCCCAGGUUGCCACCGUGCCUCCUCCCCCCCGCUUUCUACUACUAGUUCUGAAACUCCGCACGGCCGCCGCCCCGUCUCCCACGCCGCUUCGCUUCGUCGUCUGCACAGACGAGGGGAGCUGCUUGGAGUCAAGAGAAGCGACCGGUUCAAGUCUCGGCGACGACUCCCCCUCUCGUCCCACGCGGUCGUGGACUCAGCGGUGCCGUGGCCGUGUUGCCACGCCGUGUGGCUGGCAGUAUUUUGUGAGCUCGCACAAUCGCACCCUUUCCCUUGGUGGCGGCAGCAGCCGAGGCAGGGCAGGAGGUAGCUUCCUGGGUUGGCGUACGACCAUGGACCCCGUCCGCCGGGAGGCGGACCGGGGCGCCGUGCCGGAGUUCGUGGCGGUCGACAUCGGGGGCGAGGCGGAAUCACCCGAGGCUGAAGCGGAGCUCAAGAAGGUGGAGUCCUCCUUCGCUGGGAAGGGCCUCGAGCGGGAGAGGAGCGGAGACGCCAAUCCUUCCACCACAGGUGUGUUGUGCGCGUACGAGAAGCAGGUGGUGCCUGUGCACGUUGAUGGCAGCCCAAAGGAGCAAUUCCACCCUUCGACACCAACAGCCAGUGGGGCAAAGCGCCGACGAACAGGCAGACGGGUCCCAGGGUGGCGUGACCCAAGGAAGAUCCUUUUUGCCUUCGCAGCACUGUCUAGUGUGGGCACGUUGAUCUUGCUUUACUUCACACUCUCAAUGGGGAGGAUGGCAGGAGGUCAAGCUGAUGGCCAAUGAUGCCAUCUGACGCACAAUUUGUCACUUUUCAUAGUUUUCCUGAUUUAUUGAUAAAAGGAAAUGAACGGCUGGAUUCUUUACUAGCAGUGUUAUAACGCUGCUUAACUAUAUCACCAUGAUUUAUAUGUUUGUAUAAAAAUAUGUAGGCCAUAUGUUAGGGAGUUUUAAGUGUCAUGACGUGAUUGGUAAAUAUGUAAAUAUCCCAUGAACAACAACUGGGGGGACGAUGGCGGUGGACGGGUGGAACAAGAUGGCAGGGGAAAUUGGAUAAAAGCAUUGUCGUCGCUGCAACAACGAGUGACCUGCUUGUAUGCUUUGGGAUUUUGUCUGUACAUAUGAGGUUUUUACACAAGAGAAAAUUUUCUUUUGAGGACCAUUGAACAAUUUCUCCCAAUUUAGUACGAGACGUUCAGUUGCCGGUUGACCCUGUGACAAAAGAGAAUUUUAUUACAUGCUUGUCGGUCGUAAAAUAGAGCUAUUUCUAAUGACCUGACUAUGAUUUUUAGGAAAUAGCUAUACUUUAUAACGAAGAGAGUAUGAGCUAUGCAGCUCAAACUAUGUUUAAAUAUUUCUUUUUUCCCCUACAAAGCUGUU